UUCCAGACAGCUGUUACUUGUAGCUGCACCAAAGCAAAGCCUGCACAUUCAGAGCCAAGUUUAUCAUAGCCUAUACUACAGCAGUAGAAUUGAGAGCAGACUACUUACUAGUCCGUAUCGGGUCCCAUAUUUGCAAACGGUGAUACUUAUUGCCAUGAAUAAUUUAAUUAGUUUUAUUAGCACAGUUGGAAUGGUUUGGACGAAUUUUAUCCGUGUCAUUUAAGAUAAAGUAAGACUGAUCUCCCUGAAACUCGUGCGCAUCUUCAGAUUCUGUUUCAUUUGCCAGAUACAACCGUGACAAGACACAGCCAUGGAUACCACUGUGAAUUCAGAAAUAAAUUCAGAGAAGUCUCACCUCGUUAGCGAGAAGAAUGGCAAAAUGUAUUCACUGAAAAGUUCCUUUCCAGACUCCAAAGAAGACUAUCCCAACUUCCCAUUUGAAAACGGAGAUGCGACUGGUGCCACCAAGCUGAAGAAGCAGCCUGUUGGUGCCCAUUGUCAUGGUAACAAAGCAGUGAGUGAGGAGAACCGUGACAAGCUUCUGGCUAAGAAGAAGCUGUACGUCGCCUCCAUUGUGUGCCUCAUCUUCAUGAUUGGAGAGGUCAUAGGUGGCUACCUGGCCCACAGUUUGGCUAUCAUGACAGAUGCAGCUCACCUCCUGACUGACUUUGGCAGCAUGAUGGUCAGUCUCUUCUCCCUGUGGAUCUCCUCCAGACCGCCCACCAAAACCAUGACCUUUGGAUGGCACCGCUCAGAGAUCCUAGGAGCCCUGGUGUCAGUGAUGUCCAUCUGGAUAGUGACUGGGGUGCUGGUGUACCUGGCCAUCGAGAGGAUAGUCAGGAACGACUAUGAGAUCAACAGUCAAGCGAUGCUCAUCACCUCCGGCUGUGCCGUCAUAGUAAACAUCAUCAUGGCGUACAUCCUCCACCACUCUACCACCUUCCACGCCCAAGGCUCAGGCUACCAGCAGAUAGACGAGAACGGGCAGAGCCCUGUGGGUCACAGCCACUCCCAUGUGGGUCACGGCCACUCCCAUGCUCUUCUGGGUCAUGGCCAUGGCAACACCAGUGUGAGAGCAGCCUUCAUUCACGUGUUGGGAGACCUCCUACAGAGUGUUGGGGUCCUAGUGGCUGCCAUCGUCAUCUUCUUCAGGCCUGAAUACAAAGUAGCAGAUCCCAUUUGUACCUUCCUCUUCUCCGUGUUUGUCCUGGGGACCACGAUCACCAUCCUCAGGGAUGUCUUCAGGGUACUCAUGGAAGGGGCUCCUAGGGGAAUAGAGUUUGACUCCGUGAAGGAGGUGUUGCUGUCUCUGAAGAUGGUGAAGUCUAUGCACAACCUGCGCGUGUGGGCCCUGACCGCAGGACAGACCCUGGUCUCUGUCCACGUAGCCAUCGAGAAGAAUGCUGAUCCCCAGAGUGUCCUUAAGGAGGCUACAGAGAUCCUCCAAACCAAGUUUGGUUUCUAUAGCACCACCAUCCAGGUGGAGUUGUACUCUGACGACAUGGCCUACUGCACACACUGCCAGGACCCUAUGGGCUAAGACACACACAGUCACCAUGGGGACAGGAGAGUUUGAAAGGGAGUGGGCCGGGUUUGGCUUCUCGAAAACGUUGCCAGAGAACAUACAGCACACAUACACAAGCAUCAUUGAGGACGUAAGCUAGGAAUGGAAACACUGUGGAAAAGCCUCACCAUGAAACCAAGAAACAUUUUUGAUCCAUCGUCAGCUUUACAGGACCCAAACAAAUGUACGACUGUACCGUGUGUAUAUUCACCAUAUCAUGCCAAAGAUUCCCACUUAAACACCAUUCAUUCAGGAGAUAUUGAUACUUUAAAAAAUAGUUUCCAUGCCCUAAGAGGGCUGCCAAUUAUCAUAAGAAAACUAUCACAAGAAACUGCAUUUUAGGGAGACAGACAGACAUGAAGAUAUUAUGGUACAUGUAUCAGGACAUGUUGUUAGUACUGUAUGCAACCACUUCACCAGUUGGUGCUGAUGUACUGCAAUGUUCGACAGCCGUUUGGCUUUGUUUGACUUUAACACUCCCUCACUGGCACUGUGCAUUAGGGCAGCAGCACCGUGUAAUGGCUUGUCCCUGAGUUCUUUGGCGUAAUACACUGGCACUGUGCAUUAGGGCAGCAGCACCGUGUAAUGGCUUGUCUCGGAGUUCUUUGGCGUAAUACACUGGCACUGUGCAUUAGGGCAGCAGCACCGUGUAAUGGCUUGUCUCGGAGUUCUUUGGCGUAAUACACUGGCACUGUGCAUUAGGGCAGCAGCACCGUGUAAUGGCUUGUCUCUGAGUUCUUUGGCGUAAUACACUGGCACUGUGCAUUAGGGCAGCAGCACCGUGUAAUGGCUUGUCUCGGAGUUCUUUGGCGUAAUACAUUGAUAUUGACGUGAGAACCUUAAAACCAAUCCUGUCUUACCCAGCCUUUUAUAUGUGCUUCAGCGAGGGUGUCUGCCAAAUGGAAGCAUUGUAUUGUUCACAACUGAAAAGAGUUCGGGUACAAAUAAUGGAUUAUGUCAGUGUGAGAAAGCAUCCUACAAGCUCACUCAUCUCACUCAGAGGAAGCCUCAAGACAGGCCAAUUUACAAAAGGAGUUGGUCGAUUAAUUUUAGCAUUGUGGGCUGUAUUAAUCUAUGCCCCAUGAUAUGCCCUAAGCGGAGCUGGCAAAUAGACUGGCUAAGACUCAGACAGUGCUCUGUCCCUAAUUUGAAACUCACUGACGAUAGGCUAUAGUGGAACGUGCUGUUAAAUUACGCUUCGAGUCAUAGCCCCAGGCCGGACGUUUUCUUGCACUGUUAUGGGUUUUCAGAAGAGAGAGGUCAGAUAAAUGAACCCCAUCUCUAUACUCUCACCUAUCCACACUCUCCAAAAGCACAUCCAUACACCCUCCUCACCCACUCCCAUGCUGUCAUAGGCCUACAUGCCGUGGAGCUUUGCACAGGGUUUCUGUUUGUCGUACCAGUAGUUUGUUAGUUCCAUCCAGUGCCUCCAAACAACCUUCCUAAAUUCUGGGGAGGCUCAGUCGGUCAGCUUUCUACUCCAUAACUGUCCCCUAACACCACACGCAUGCUCACACACCUGUCAGCUUCAUCAAAAGAAAUGCACCAACAAAUAAAUGUAGUGGAAAAUCUCCUCAAAUGUAUAGUGAUAAGUGUAUUGUACAAAAAAAGUCUGUGAGAUGCUGACACAAUGAAAUAUAAGAGGCACUCGCCCUGCUUGUCGUACUUUCAUGCCUACAGUGAAGUCUCAAUGUUGUAACCUGCACAGAAAAUGAGCAGAAAUUGACACAUUCUUUAUCAAACACUUGCAUGAGUGUUGUUUAUAAUUCAGAUGACGUAAUAAGGAUAUCUUCAUAUGCUGCCAAUACAAAUAUUUGAGACUAAUUCUACUUCUUAAUGUCACCAAAAUCCUCAUUUAAACAAAUCUAUAUUUUGAUCACUUUUGAUAACUUUGGAAAGUAUAUAUUAAAUAUAAAUAUAUUGUCAUUUGUAAACCAUACGGAUAUUGAACAAAGAAAGAUCCCACUGUAAGGACUUAAAAUAACAGGAAUGUUACAACCAAUGUAUUACAGGCAAGAGUCUACUCAAAUGUUUGUUCACCAGCUAAGUGUAGUGUUUCAGAGUGCUGUCUUGUACUGUAUGAAAAUUGUAAAUAUGCCAAAUAUCAGUAUUUCCUGUAGAUUUUGUGUAAACGUGUAAAUACAUUUGAUUUAUUGUAUAAAAUAAGUAAAGUGUGUAAAUGUUUGUUUGAUAUUUAAUUUCUACGUAUGGUACGUUUUUUGUAAAACUGAAAUAAAAGUAUGCCGAUAA